AUGACGCCAUUUACUGCUGCUUUUGCAGAGAGAUCACCCUACCUCCUCCGGAAAGAAAAAGAGAGAGAGGGAGAGAGCGAGCGAGCAGAAAAACGCCGAGCCCAUACAGCUCAGAUCUCAAAUCUUCCUCCUCCUCCUCCUCCACCUCCUCCAAACACACAACAACAACCACCACCACAAAUCCGCUGCGCUCCCAAAACACCCCCCCGAUUGCAAACCACAGAACUGCCUGCAACACACACGCUCGCAGAGGGAGCGAGAAAGCUAAGAGGGAGAGAGGGGAGAGGAGCCUGCAGCAAGCAGCUUCUCAGCAGAACGGCUACAUUGCACAAGCUGCUUUUUUGGAGGAGCUCAGUGGAAGAAAGCUCUGGGAUUUUAUUUUAGAUCCACUUUGUUUUGUUUUCUUUGGCUUUUCCCUUUCCUCUUGAUCAAUUUGCAACAGCAACAAAAAAAAAAAAGUGACUUGGUGUUGGCGAUCCGGCCUCCUGUUCAUUGAGGAAAAAAAAGGAAAGUGUGUGUGUGUAAGACUGAGUGAUUUUUAGUAGCAAAGAAAACCCACCCCGAUCCGGAGAGGUGUUUUGAUUAUUAUUAUUACAGUAUAUACACGCACACACGAAUUUAUAAUCGAUCUGGGGAGAAGCACCUAACUUUGCUGUGGACUUUUUUUUUUUUUUUACAUGGUGAUCAUUCUUACUCUAAUUUGCAAGUUGGACUAAAGCAGAGUUUGGAAAAGAAUUUUUUUUUGCUUUAGGGCUGGAUUUAUUUGCAAACCGCAGGAAGAAGAAAAUACAAGAGAGAGAGGGGUUUGGUGCAGCGCCGCGAUCACGGAUUUCAGAUGUGUUCUAAGCCUGGCGGGGUGAGCAAGCUUCUGGGCACAGAUGGAGACUCAGCACAGCAGUGGGUCGCAGCCCUUACUACAGGCUCGGCGUGACAGUGGGAGGCCGCACGGGGAGCCCGACCUGCGGGAUGUCCUGAUGCAGCAGGUCCACGUCUUGUCCUUGGACCAGAUCAGAGCCAUCCGAAACACUAAUGAAUACACAGAGGGACCUACGGUGGCUCCACGGCCGGGGGUCAAGUCUUCUCCUCGGGUAACAACCCAACCCAAAAAUGAAAGGCCCCAUGGGUUGCCUGAGCAUCGUCAUUUUAGCCGGAUCCAGCACACGCAAACGCACUCGUCUCCUCGAGCACCUCUGUCCCGGUCCAUCAGCACAGUCAGCACGGGCUCACGGAGCAGUACGAGGACAAGUACGAGCAGUAAUUCAUCAGAACAAAGACUUCUGGGAUCAUCUUCGGGGCCAGUUGCUGAUGGGGUAGUCCGAAUGCAGCCCAAGUCUGAGCUCAAGCCAAGUGAGCUGAAGCCUCUGAGCAAAGAAGACUUGGGAGCACACAGCUACAGGUGUGAGGACUGUGGAAAGUGUAAGUGUAAGGAGUGCACUUAUCCAAGGACCCUCCCCUCAUGUUGGAUCUGUGACAAGCAAUGUCUUUGCUCAGCCCAGAAUGUGGUUGAUUACGGGACUUGUGUUUGCUGUGUGAAGGGCCUCUUCUAUCACUGCUCUAAUGAUGACGAGGACAACUGUGCUGACAACCCCUGCUCCUGCAGUCAGUCACAUUGCUGCACUAGGUGGUCUGCCAUGGGUGUAGUGUCCCUCUUUCUGCCUUGCUUGUGGUGUUACCUGCCAGCCAAGGGUUGCCUUAAGUUGUGCCAGGGCUGUUACGACCGGGUAAAUCGGCCUGGGUGCCGCUGCAAACACUCCAACACCGUUUGCUGCAAAGUCCCCAACGUACCCCCCAGGAACUUUGAAAAGCCAACAUAGCAUCGCUAGCCAGAAAUACUAAAGUAACGAGGAUGAUUAUGUUAACGUACAUAUGCAACCAACUAAGCAGCUAUGGUCUUGGCACUGUAGUAGAAGGGUUGGGGAUGUACUUUGCUGUUUGCAGUGAAAUGCUUUUCUGUGUGUGUGCCAUCUUAACUGAUACGCUUGUUAGAAUCCAGCUAGUGGCAUACAGGGGAAAAAAAAGGGAUGCAGUACAUUGUGACCCACAUAUUGCAUAAGCUAAAGCAACACAGACACUCCUAGGCAACUCUAUUGUUUGUGAAUAGUACUUGCAAAAUUUGUAAAUUAGCAAAUGACUCCUUUUUUUUUCAUUGUUUUCUGCCAGAGAUAAUGUGCUAUAUUUUUGUAUAUACAAUAAUAUUUUCAACUGUGAAAAGUAAGUGCUGUCAUAAGACAUGGCACAGUCACAAAAUAUUAUACUAAUAUGUUGUACAUUCGGAAGAAUGUGAAUCAAUCAGUAUGUUUUUAGAUUGUAUUUUGUCUUACGGAAACCUUCUAUUACAAGACUUUGAUUUCCCUUUGGACUUCAUGUAUAUUGUACAGUUACAGUAAAAUUCAGCCUUUAUUUUCUAAUUUUUUCAACAUAUUGUUUAGUGUAAAGAAUAUUUAUUUGAAGUUUUAUUAUUUUAUAAAAAGAAAUAUUUAUUUUAAGAGGCAUCUUACAAAUGUCACCCCUUUUUAUGAGGACGUCAUAGUUGCUGCAAGUGAGGGGUGAAUGAUGCAUAUGUUCACUAUAAAAUAGAAAAUAUAUUAACGUUUGAAAUUAAA